AAGGCUGCUCCCGCCGCUCCCGGAAGCUGCCCUCGCUGCCCGGGUAACGGGCGCCGGCGGCAUCCACGGCGGCAGCGUCGUCAUGGACUUAGAGGAAGCGAGAGAGUUCCGAGAGCGCUGCUCUCAGUGUGCUGCCGUCUCCUGGGGCCUCACCGACGAGGGCAGGUACUACUGUACUUCUUGCCACAAUGUUACAGAAAGGUCGAAGGAGGUUCUAAGCACGGAGGCCAUCCCCAACACCAAAAUACAAGCCAUCAACCGGGGACUGAGGCGGAAGAAAAGGCUGGAGAGAGGCUGGGACUGGUACGUGUGCGAGGGCUUCCAGCACAUCCUGUGCCAGCAAGCGGAGGCCUUACAGACCCUUGGAGUAAGCCCGGAACUCAAGAGUCAAGUUCUGCAUAACCUUUGGAGGCGCUACCUUCAGAAGAGCAAGCUGGCGUACUGCAGAAACCCAGUCUACUCCGGCAGGAGGGCAGCCGCGGUCUCAGACGAUAACCGGAGUCACUCGGGCUGGGACAGUGAGCCCGAGCUGCUGAGCGACUUCAGCGGCCCCUCUGGCCCCUCCGUGUUCGACAGUGGGGCGGAGUCUCAGCCUGACGCCCACACCCGGGGGCCUCUCCCCUCCAGCAAGGCCUCGCAGUCAGAUAUGUCAUCCGUCUGCUCUGGGUCCCUCGACGGCGUCGAGUACUCGCUGCGGAAGGCCAAGGGGACCGUGAAGAUGACCGUGCCGGGGACGCUCGCCCUCUGCUCCCUGUCGUUGCUGUGGCAGAGGGAGGCCGUCACCCUCUCGGAUCUCCUGAGGCUGGUCGAGGAGGGCCACGUCCCCUACGUGAACGCCUUCCAGCGCUUCCCGGAGGAGAUGAAGCUGUACGGGCGCGACAAGGGCAUCUUCGCGGUGGAGUCGUGGCCUACCUAUGAGGACAUCUAUAGAAAGAUGGUCGAAGUUGCCACGUUUUUAGAUCUGCCCCGUUUCCCAGACAUCACUGAGGACUGCUAUCUUCACCCCAACGUCCUGUGUCUGAAGUACCUGAUGGAAGCCAACCUCCCCGAUGAAAUGCACAACUUCACCUGCCAGGUGGUAAAAAUGGCCGGACUAGGAGAAGUGGAUUUCCUGACAUUUGACCCCAUCGCUAAAAAGAAAAACACUGUUAAAUACGAUAUUCAGGCCGUAGCUGUCAUUGUAAUAGUGUUGAAACUGCUCUUUUUACUGGAUGACAGUUUAGAAUGGUCUUUGUCUGCUGUUGCUGAGACACACAAUGAAGAGAACAAAGAAGAUAAGCCAUGGUUUGAUUUCAGAAAAUGGUACCAAGUCAUGAAGAAAUCUUUUGAUGAGAAAAAACAAAAACUGGAGGAAGCCAGGGCAAAGUACGUGUGGAAGAGCGAAAAGCCACUCUACCACUCCUCCAUCGACAGAUCGGUGGCGUACAAAAGAAGGGAGAUGGUGGUCAAUCUACAGAAACAGUUUAGCAUGCUGGUUGAUUCCACACCGACUGUCGCAAGAAAAAGCCCUUCGAGUUUUCAGUUCAACUGGACGGGAGACGCGGAUGGGACUUGUUUCCACGGACACAGCCUCCAGGGGGCCCUGGAGAAGAGGGGCCAGUCGCUGACCACCAGGAACGCCCUGUACUGGCUCAGCACGCAGAGGUUCUGUAGAAGCUAUUGCAAACACGUGACGACCUAUGAAGAAUCAAAUUUUUCUCUGACUUAUCAGUUUAUACUCAAUCUCUUCUCCUUCCUGCUGAGAAUAAAUGUCUACUUCCUCCAUGAAGAAGUGAGCUUGAUUGAAAAGAGACUUUUUAAAACAAAAUACAGUAAAGCAAAAAAGAAAUCUUCGAGAUCCAGGAAAGUGAGAAAAUGAGAAAAAUAAAAUAGAAACUUUGUUGGGAAAAUAUUUUAUUAGUGACAGUAAUGUCAAAUUGUAAUAUAGUAUUCCAGAGAAUUAUGGAAAAUAGAAUUUUUUGCACAUAUGCCCAUGCAUAGGCAGAUAUGCAACAUAUGUUACAUAGAGAUUGUGCUUAUAAAAUGUAUAUUGGAAGACAAGUGAACUUUGAAUGCAUUUUUUAAGUUAUAAAUAUUCUUUGAGAAAAUUAAAAGUGUUAUAAA